AUGGCAAAAGAUAAAAAGGCCAAAAAGGCGGAGCAGAAAGCCCGAGCUGCCGCAAAGCAAUCAAAGAAAGCAUCUCAAAAGGAGAAGAAGGCUAAAGCCAAGGGCUUGAAUGAUGACAGCGAUGCAGAAGACGUUGACCUUGAUGCUGUUCUAGCUGCUUAUGCUGAAGAGCAGGCCAAGUUUCUAAAAGUCACUGAAGUUGCGAGCGGCACGCCAUCACCCCGCUCUUCUUCAACCAUCAUUGCUUCACCAUCAAAUCGAGGGGAGAUUUUCCUAUUUGGCGGAGAGUACUUUGAUGGGUCGCUGGCUACAUUCUACAACAAUUUAUAUGUAUAUCUAAUUGAGAAGAAUGAAUGGAGGGUUGUUACCAGCCCGAACAGCCCGCUUCCCAGGAGUGGACAUGCAUGGUGUCGUGGAGGGAACGCGGGAGGAAUAUACCUCUUUGGAGGAGAAUUCUCAUCGCCUAAGCAAGGAACAUUCUACCAUUACAAUGACUUUUGGCACCUCGAUCCGUCUACUAGGGAAUGGACUCGUAUAGAGACCAAAAGUAAAGGCCCUCCAGCUCGAAGUGGGCAUAGAAUGACAUAUUAUAAGAACUACAUCAUACUAUUUGGCGGUUUCCAAGAUACCUCGCAACAAACGAAGUACUUGCAAGAUGUUUGGCUCUAUGACUGCCAAAAGUUUACCUGGUACAACCCUGCAUUGCCACCGGCAACGCAAAAGCCUGAUGCCCGGUCGUCCUUUUCUUUUCUUCCACACGAGUCAGGCGCCGUGCUCUUUGGUGGAUACUCCCGUGUGAAAGCAGCAACCAAAGCGAACAAAGGACAAAAAGGUGGCGGCAGUAGUGCUCAACGCUCAGUGCUUAAACCAAUGAUCCACCAAGAUACCUGGUUUUUACGGGUAACCCCUCCCCCACCAGAUGCACCAUCUACUGCUUCACCAACCAUCCGAUGGGAGAAAAGGAAACGGCCGGUCAAUGCCCCAAACCCCCCGCGCGCGGGUGUUACCAUGGCAUUCCAUAAAGGGCGAGGUAUCUUUUUUGGAGGCGUCCAUGAUGUUGAGGCAACAGAGGAAGGUAUAGAAAGCGAGUUCUUUGAUAACCUUUUUGCGUGGAAUAUUGAGAGAAACAGGUUCUUUCCUCUUCCUCUCCGAGCUCCGAAAUCAGGGAUUAAAAAACAGCAAGCUACUGAGAGGGCCAUAAAGUCACGCAAUAAGGGGAAAGCAGAUGAGGAAGAGUUACUUCGUAAUUUAGCACUGUUAGAGGCUAAGGCCAACCCAUCAAAAGCUGAAGCAGACUUGCUACCGGAAACAGACGAGAAGGAUGAAGAUAUACCCGAAACCACGGGGAAGAAAUCACUACCUAUCCGGUUUGAGAUGCCGCAUCGCCGGUUUAACGCACAACUUACUGUCCAGGAAGAUACCCUGUUUAUGUACGGUGGCACUUUUGAAAGAGGAGAUCAAGAAUUCACGCUUUGUGAUAUGUAUUCCAUCGACUUACUCAAGAUGGAUGGUGUGAGAGAAAUAUUCUAUGAAGAACCUGAACACUGGAACGAUGCGAUUGUCCCAGAUAGUGAAGAUGAAGAAGAUGAAGAUGACGAGGAUGAUGACGAGGGUGAUGAAGAUGAGAACAUAGAAGAAACCUCAUCUAUUACUGCUCCUUCUACAGUUGCAACUGAAAUUACAGAGCCUACAUCCAUCGAGGGUGAGGCCGAGAAGGAAGAGGAGCCAGAACCAACUGUAGUCGACUCUCGACCGCACCCACGACCAUUUGAGAGUUUGCGCGAGUUCUACAGCAGAAGUUCGACAGAAUGGCAAGACAUUGUUCUGGCAAAACUGAGGGAGAAAGAUAGUGGCGCCGAAAUGUCAGUCAAGGAACUCCGGAAGGUUGCGUUUGACUUUGCUGAAGAGAAAUGGUGGGAUUGCCGCGAGGAGAUUACGGCCCUCGAAGAUGAGCAAGCAGAGGCGGGAAUUGGUGAAGUGGUUAGUAUGGCUACUCGGGGUGAUUCAGGGCCGAGACGGAGAUGA